AUGGCGGCCCCAAAGAUGACCAAGAACCAGAUGCGGAGGGCGAAGAAGAAAGAGCAGAAGAAGGCCAAGACAGAAGAAGUACGUCUCCAUCCAGAUUCCACCCACCAUCAUUUACGCGUCUCGCAGUUUCUCACCUUUGUGCAGGUUCAGCCAUCCGAAGAGGCUGAUGGGCCAAUUGCCGAGAAGAAGGAUGCAUCAUCACCGCCGCCUGAAAAUGGCGCCGAUGCCAAAAGUGCGACCGACUCAGCGAAACCCUCCGCGGCUGCUACCGACCCAAUCCGAGAAGACCUGCUCGACGACGACCUGCUCGGCGAUGACCCUGCGUUUGCCGCAUACAGAGACAUUUUCAACAAAUUUGGCGUCUCUUUUGUGGAGGAUCAGAUUGCCAAGGAGGCCAAUGCUGGAAACCAAGGAGACGUCUUCUUCGGUGACAAUGACGACAUCCCCGAUGAAGAGGUGGAAUCCGGCCAGCAAAAAUUAUCAAAGAAGAAGCGGAAGCAGCUAAGUAAACUAACCGUUGCACAGCUAAAGGCGCUCGUCAGCAUCCCGGAAGUGGUCGAAUGGCACGAUAUCUCAGCUUCGGAUCCCCGGCUCUUGGUGCAAGUCAAGGCACAGCGAAACGUCGUUCCCGUACCGGCUCACUGGGCAAUGAAGCGAGAAUACCUAUCUUCAAAGAGGGGAAUUGAGAAGUCAGCAUUCCGGCUACCUAAAUUCAUCGCCGAGACUGGUAUUGCAGAGAUGCGCGACGCUGUGUUGGAGAAACAAGCAGAGCAAACGUUGAAACAGAAACAGCGAGAACGAGUCGCGCCAAAGAUGGGCAAAUUAGACAUUGAUUAUCAAAAGCUCUACGAUGCUUUCUUCCGGUUCCAGACGAAACCGGAGCUGACGCGAUUUGGCGAAGUGUAUUACGAGGGCAAGGAAACCGAGGUUGACUACCAGCAUUUCCGUUCUGGCGACUUGAGCGAUGCCACGAAAGAAGCGCUUGGUAUGCCGCCCGGAGCACCACCUCCCUGGCUCAUUAACCAACAAAGAUUCGGCACCCCUCCGUCCUACCCUACUUUAAAGAUACCAGGCUUGAACGCGCCGCCGCCUCCUGGCGGAUCAUGGGGCUUCCAUCCUGGUGGUUGGGGUAAGCCGCCGGUUGACGAAUUCAACCGCCCCUUAUAUGGUGGUGAUGUUUUUGGCCUCACCGCGCCAAAUGGUGCCACUGGCCAAGCCCAGGCAGCGCAACCCCAGCUAUAUAAUGGCGACUCUGUGGAACGAGCACUAUGGGGAGAGUUACAACCUCGUGAAGAGGAGUCUGAAGAAGAGGAGGAAGAGGAGGAAGAAGAAGAAUCCGAGGACGAGGAUGUUCCUGGCGGCACCGAGACUUCCACCGGACUCGAGACACCAGGCGGCUAUGCCAGCACGGUACAUGCCGACUAUUCACAACAGGGUGUCGAAACAUCGAUUGCCGGCGAAAUGGAUCUACGCAAAGAGCGACGAGGAUUCGACACGGAGGAAUCCUCUGCCCCCCGCUCUGCCUACACAGUUGUGCCUGAGCGGCAGGUCCGUGCCGAGGGCUUCUUUGGCAGCGACCGCGCGUACGAUAUCAAUGCCGCUCAGCGCGCUGCGACGGCUGGUAUGCCCGUGCUUGGCGCAGACGACGAUUCACGGAAGCGGAAGAAGCCUGGCGAUAUAGACGUGGCCAUCGACGUCGACUCAUUGAACCAGCAAGGCGGCCUCAGCAAAGACGAGCUACGGAACAGAUAUGACGCCAGCCAGAAGGAAGAAGGCAUUGGUGCGAGAUGGGCUUAUGACGAGGACUUGAGCCAGAUGAUUGCUGAAGAGAGCAGGAAGCGACAGCGUACUGAGAAGGAGCUCAAUGAGAAGAAGCGAGAGAGCAAAUAUAAAUUUUAA